AUGCACUUCUUCUGGGGCGCCGGAUCCCGGGGGCCGCAGCGCCAGACGGCGGCGGGCGUGGACGGCAGGGAGCUGCUGCAGGCUGCCAGCGGGGAGAGCCACGCGCUACUGCUGCGGGCCGACCACACCGUCUACGCGUGCGGAGACAACAGCCGGGGCCAGCUGGGCCGGGGAAGGGCUCCCAGCGGGGAGCAUCCGGCACCAGUUAAGGCAUUGCGAACUCUACAUGUUGAUUUUGUGAGCUGUGGGAAGGAGCACUCCCUGGCUGUCUGCCACAAAGGAAGAGUCUUUGCAUGGGGAGUUGGCUCUGAAGGGCAGCUGGGAAUUGGAGAAUUUAUGGAAACAUGUUCUAUACCCACGAAAAUAACAACUCUGAAGGGUAUAAAAAUAAUACAAGUUUCCUGUGGACACUACCACUCCCUGGCAUUAUCAAAAGAUAGCCAAGUGUUUUCAUGGGGAAAAAACAGCCAUGGGCAGCUGGGUCUGGGGGAAGGGCUCCUGUCCCAAGCUGUCCCACAGAGGGUGAGGUCCCUGGAGGGGAUCCCGCUGGCUCAGGUGGCUGCUGGAGGGGCUCACAGCUUCGCCCUGUCACUCUGUGGGACUUCGUUUGGCUGGGGGAGCAACAGUGCGGGGCAGCUGGCCCUCAGCAGGAAGGAUGGCCCAGCUUAUAGCAGCAAGCCUUUUUCAAUUGGUGCACUGAAGACUCUAGAUGUGAUUUCUAUCAGCUGUGGUCAAGAGCACACUGCAGUGCUUACCCAGGAUGGGCAGGUGUUCACAUUUGGAGACAAUAGAUUUGGACAGCUGGGAUACAGCUGCACUGCCGGGAAGAGAGGUCCACAACGUGUGGAAGGAAUUGAUGGCUUCGUUUCGCAAAUCGAUUGUGGCAGAUACCACACCCUUGCGUACGUGCACACCACCCGUCAGGUGCUGUCCUUUGGUUGUGGGCCUAGUGGCACAAGCAACCCAGCUCCUCUGGAGACCCAAAUGGAGAACUCUGACAUUCACUGCCUGAUUUCUGCUGAUGACCUCACGAAUGCUCAAGUUAAACACAUUUUUGCUGGAACAUACGCCAACUUUGUGACAACUCAUGAGGAUACUAUUUCCACGAGUGCUUCCAGGAAAACCCUGCCAGAAAUAAGCCGAAUUAGGCAGUGCACUGUAGAUAACUGGAUAGCAGUGAAAAGAAGUGAAUUUAAUAAAGUGACUAAAAGUGAAAUUGAAAUGGUAUUUUCAUCUCCUGCUUGUCUGACUGCAAGUUUUUUAAAGAAAAGCGGAACUGGAGAAAUUUCCAUUGAUGUGGACUUACAGAUGGCAAAAGAAACCUUCGAGAAGUUAACAAAAAGUGAACAGAUUUCUUCCACGAUAACUGCAUGUCUCCAGAAUACUCUGCUCAGAAGUCUUCCAUGCCGUUCUCCACACCAAGAAGCUUUGUCCAUUUUCCUCCUGCUCCCAGAAUGUCCCGCGAUGCAGGCUUCUAUGAACUGGAGGAAGCUGGUGGUUCCGUUUGCAAAGGCUGUUUGUGAAAUGAGUGACCGAUCUCGACAAGUCCUGAGAAAGUGUUGGGCAUCUUUGCAAGAAUCUUCUCUGAACACCCUGGUCCAGAUGCUUAAGGCAGCUGUCAUCUCUCAAUUGCUUAAUUGGACUGAAUCCAUUUCGGGUCACUCUGCUAUUAAAGCGCUUCUCGGAGUCAUGAAAGAAGUAUAUAAGGCAAACAAAACUAAUUGUCGACUACCAGAAAAUACUUUCAUCAUAAAUGAACUUUCCAACCUUUUGAACUUUUAUGAAGAGAGAAAAAGAUUGUUCUUUCGGGAUAACAAGCUGGGACCUGCACAAAACCCCAGUCCUGUUAUUUUCAGCGAUUUUCCAUUCAUUUUUAAUUUGCUAUCCAAAAUUAGAUUAUUGCAAGCUGAUUCACAGUUUAAAAUGCUGGAGCUAAAAACAAAAGCAUGCAUGGAUUGGGAGCGAACCAUUCUACAAAGGAAGGGUGAAUUUCCUCCAUCACCCACAUUUAUACUUAAAGUCAGACGAAGUCACCUGGUUGAAGAUGCUCUGCGUCAGUUAAGCCAAGCUGAAGUCAUUGACUUUUGCAAAGUACUCGUGGUUGGAUUUGUUAAAGAAAUUGUCCCCGAGUCUGGAGGGGUCACGUCAGAGUUCUUCCACUGUAUAUUUGAGGAGAUGACCAAGCCAGAGUAUGGAAUGUUCACGUACCCUAAAGAGGGUUGCUGCAUGUGGUUUCCUGUCAAUCUUAAAUUUGAAAAAAAGAGAUACUUCCUCUUUGGGAUUCUCUGUGGACUCUCCUUAUUCAAUUUAAAUGUUGCCAACCUUCCUUUCCCACUGGCUCUGUAUAAGAAACUUCUGGACAACAAGCCAUCACUGGAAGAUUUAAAAGAACUCAGUCCUCGUGUAGGGAAUAGUUUACAAGAUGUCCUAAAUUAUGGCGCCAGUGACAUUGAAGAUGUAUAUGGCAUGCGCUUUUCUAUAAAUUGGGAUGGAAAAAAUGUGGAUUUAGUUCCAAAAGGGCUCUCUAUACCUGUGGACCAAACCAACAAGGAAGACUUUGUUUCUAAGUAUGUUGACUACAUUUUCAACAUCUCUGUAAAGACAGUAUAUGAGGAAUUUCAGAGAGGAUUUUAUACAGUCUGUGACAAGGAGAUACUUAGAUGUUUCAAGCCUGAAGAACUAAUGACAGCAAUAAUUGGAAAUACUGAUUAUGACUGGAAACAAUUUGAACAAAAUUCAAAGUAUGAUCAAGUAUACUACAAAACACAUCCUACUAUACUGAUGUUCUGGAAGGCUUUCCACAAACUAUCUCUGGAUGAAAAGAAAAAAUUCCUCCUUUUUCUUACAGGACGUGAUAGGCUGCAUGUAAGAGGCAUACAGGAAAUGGGAAUUGUAUUUCGCUGUCCUGAAACUCUCAGUGAAAGAGACUGCCCAAGAUCAGUGACUUGUCAUAAUAUUCUAGACCUCCCUCAAUAUUCUACAAUGGACAGAAUGGAGAAAGCACUUCAAAUAGCCAUUAACAACUACAGAGGGUUUGUUUCGCCCAUGCUCAGGCUGCAGUGAUCACCUCCGAG